UUAUCUUCCAGAAAGUAACAUGGCUGAAUCACGUUGACAUUUGUAUCUUAAAUUUGAUAGAUGCUAUGAGAAUAUUUCGUAUGAAAACCAAUACGGAACUGAUUUCAUUCAAUAUAUAAAAUGACUGAUACAGAGUCUAGCAUUAGAAUUAAACGAGAUGUUGAAAAUUCCAGCAUCAGUGCCAAAACCGAAGCUGAUAAUCCCUCAAAAUCAGUAAUGGUUGAAACUGUUAAACCUGUUAAUACUAGCAAAAAAGGCCAAGUUCGAAAGCCGCCGGAUCUUCCUACUUUAGAGCGGCGUAAUUGGCUGAUACACUUGCACUUCACGCGUAAAGAAUAUGAGACAUGUAAAGCAAUAAUUAAAGAACAACUGGAUGAAACUCAAGGUAUGUGUGAAUAUGCAUUGUAUGUCCAAGCACUUAUUUUUCGUCAUGAAGGCCGAAUUCAGGAAUCUUUAGAGUUGUUUCAAACUUGUUCAAUUUUGAACACAUCAGCAGAAAAUCUGAAACAAGUUGCUAGAUCUCUUUUUCUGUUAGGACGGCAUAAAAAUGCAAUUGAUGUAUAUGAAGAAGCUGCUAGAAUGAAUUGCAAAGAUUGGGAACUAUGUCACAAUUUGGGUGUAUGUUAUAUGCAAGUGCAAAAUUAUAAACAAGCAUCUGAUUAUUUCCGUCAAGCUCUUCAAAUUAGGCCUCAUGAUGAAACAUUUACCGCUUUAGGAGAACUCCAUAUUCUAGAAGGUGAUAUUAAGGCAGCUAUUUCAACAUUUCGUAAAGCAGUAGAAUAUUCACCUGAAAAUCCAGAUUUAGCAGCAAAGUUAGGUAUUCUUUAUCUACAACAUGGAAUGUAUCAAAAAGCAUUUGAGAAAUUAGGUACAGCAAUGACAUUUGAUUCAUCUUGUGUUCCUGCUAUAUUAGCAGCAGGAAGUAUCAUACAAAAUCACAGUGAUUUUGAUGUUGCUCUUACUAAAUACCGUAUUGCAGUUGCUAAAAUUCCUGAAAGUCCUGCUCUAUGGAAUAAUAUCGGCAUGUGUUUUUUUGGUAAAAAGAAAUAUGUUGCAGCCAUUAGUUGUCUAAAGCGUGCUACUUACCUUGCUCCUUUUAGCUGGCAAAUACUUCAGAAUCUAGGAUUAGUACAUUUGACAAUGCAACAGUAUGCAUCUGCUUUCCACUUUCUAAGUGCUGCUAUGAACCUGAAUUCUCAUAGCGGUCAAUUAUUUAUGCUAUUAGCUGUUGCUUUAAAAUAUCUGCAUGAUGUUAAAAACUCAUGUCAGGCUUAUGAACAAGCUCUAAAGCUUGAUCACGUUGAUCCUUUUAUUCCUUUAAAUUAUUCUCUUCUUAUGUAUGAAAUGGAAGAAAAAGAUAAAGCAAUUAAAUUAUUGAUGGACUUCAAGAAACGUUGUGUUGAAAUUUCGAAUGGAAAUGAGAAAGUGAAAUUACAAAGUGCACUUUUUAUUGCUGAACAUUUAGCUGAUCUCCUUCAUAUCAAACCAUUUCAGUUGCUAAAUAUGAAACGCAAUGAUUCUGAUUCUCUUGAUAUCACAAAUACUGUUUCAUGUAAAGAUUCUAUUCCUCAGACUGAAAACAGUGAAGAGAAUUUUGAAGACAAAGAAGUUCUUGUGUAAUUUUUCUAGUAAAUUCAGUUAUAUGUUUUAAGCACUCAAAUUUCAUAUCAUUGACCUUUUAGUUUAAAAUUGGAUUUUGUAUACUUAGUAGCUGAGGAAAUGAAUCAAUAUAUCAAAUUUUAUUGUAGCUUUUAGCUGAGAACAUGUGCUGAUAUUUGCUUUUGCUCUAGGAAUUAAGAACAUUUCUGUAUGGUAGUAAUAUGAGUAGGUUUUUAAUCAUAGUCACAUUAUUACUACAAAGAAAUCUUUUGGAAAACUACUUCCUUUUCACAUAUGGCAAUAUGUAGCUUUAAUUUCAUGUAUAUGAUUUUAUUUAAAAUUCAAUAAGCUUCUAAUAAAUUUGCAUUUAGACUUAUGUUUUAAGUAUUAGCUACUGACUUUUUGAGUAUCAUGAUUUCUUUGCUAAAUUCUUUAUGGAACAGCAGCUAAUAGUUUGAUUUAUUUAAUUAUGGCAAAGCACUCAAGGGCAGUCUGCCUAAAGGAAGGGACACCUUUGUGGAGGACUUUCUAAGAUUUCAGGUAUCCAUGUUACACAUGAGGGAAACCAUAAAAAUGUCCAUGCAGCCAGCACAUUUGUGUGAAAUUGAACCCAGGUCAAACUAGCAGCGCUUAGCAACUUUACUGCUCGGCAGCUGGUGGGCAGGAGUUAAUGUAUUCAAUUUAUGUACGCAGUGAGUAGCAAUAGAUUAUUUAUGGGAAAACCUCAGUUUAUUGGAAUUUCAAUGUUUAUUCCCUCCUCUCUAUCUAUGUUAUAUGAAGGAAUGCACUAAUUAUUAAUAAUUUUAAGAGCGGGUGGUUCAGUGAGGUUUUAUCACUUCAGACUUCGUGCCACCUAGGGGUGAUCUGUUUACUGAUUCUCUCAGCAAACACCAGAAAGUCUAUAAAAUGUCAAAGUGACAUAGAAAAAUAAAUAAAAGCUAUGUGUUUACUUGUUAAAUAAACUUUAACAUUCUAAAGUGCUAUUUUUAUGUUUUUCUGAUAGCAAAAUCAUUGAUGAUAUAGAAGUUUGUUUCAUUACUCUAAUUGUUGCUCUAUAAACAGUAUAGUAAGAUUUCUGAAACACAAAAUGCUCGUUGUUAGACAUCAGAUGCUUCUUAAUUGAUCUGUAUAUUGAAAAAUUUCCUCCCAUAGUAAAUAACACUUACAGCUAUUGUGAGAAAAUUUGCAGUAGUAUUACAAUAUUUAGAACUGUGUUUAAAAUAACCUGCAGAAGAUUGAAACAAUUGUCAGUCCACCUCUUUGCAAUAACAGAAAUAAAACUUAGUACUUUAUGAUUGUCCCCCUUCCCAAUUAAAAAGUUGUGAACUCUAUGGUGACCAAUUUUUUUUUCCUCAAGUUAAUGCACAAAAGGCAGUGGCUAGUUUCAAAAUGGCAGUACACUAAGAAUUUCAUACAAGAGCAAUCAAUCAAUAAAACUGAAAAAGGAAAAAUCAUCAAUAAUAGAACAUUUGGUUUAUCUAUUUUUAAGUAUCCUUUCUUUUGUUUUUGUUCCCCAUGCACUAAAGGAUGUGUUUUCACUUUUAUAAAAAGUCAGAAAAUUGCAUACACUCACCACUGUGCAUUGGCCAAAACAGACCAUUUCUAUGUGCAUACUUGGAUUGCCAUAUAAAUACUUUUCACCAACAUUAUGGGUUGCCUCAUAACUAUUUUGCCGACUUACCUAAAUCUGAAAUAUUUCUCUCUUAGGAAAGAAUUCUUCCUUAUUUAUAUUACUGUGGUCAUAAUUUAAUUAAUAUUUGUAUGUUUUAUUCAAAUGUUGCAAUGGAGUAUUAAAAACAUAAUAAGAAUGUGAAGUUAUUGAAACCUCAUUGUGACUCCUUUGAAUAUUCUGACCAGUAUGGAAACAGCUCUUCUUCAAUUAAAUUUCAUAUGAUAAAUCAGCAUCUUGUGAAAUGUGUCAUUAUCCGUAACUGCACGCAUCUGCUGAGAAAUUUGGAUGGAGGCUUUCAUGUAGUCAAUUCUGAAGUACAAUUUGCUGAGUUUUUCUGGUAAAUCAUCCAUAUUCAAAUUUUUGUUGGUAAUUCAUCUUUAGGAAGAAUUAACCCAACACAGCUUUCAUACAGAGGAACUGUGGCUACGGGGCCACUCUCAUCCAUGUGUGAAUCAUCAUCGCCAUUAGGCUUACUCACUUCGGAGUCUCGCUCAUAUUCGAGCAACCUUCGUGCAAGUAUAUAUUGAAAAAAAAUGUGUUUCACCUCAGUAAUGCCUGUGUGAUUAAGAUAGCUAAAUAUUGGUAGUUUGACCUGAAGACAUACCAAAGAACAGGUUAGUUGCACAGGCAUGUAGUUAGGAUGAUGCCCGGCACUCCCUUCCCCACAUCACCAAAUUAUAUCCAAGCAUAGAGCAAUUUAAAAAUUUCUGAAAAAUAAAAAUUACAAAAGCAUUUUUUUACUUGGAUGCAUUGAGAUCAUAUAAAAUAUAAAUUUAACUGAUUAGCAAUGAUUUAACAUAAAACUCGGCAGCUCUUCCCAUAGCAAUAAAAUGCCCGAUGCCCAUACUGGGAAAUGCAGAAAGCAAAAAUUCAUGCUCUUCUAGAAAAGUCAGUGGAAAUAAAGAGGCAUCAGUUAUUUCAAAAUUCUACAGGAAUGACUGCCAUAACUUUGGUGAGAUAUCCGCCAAUUUUCACGAUUGACAAGUACGUUAAGUAUAAAAAUAUUUGUGAAAUAAGGUCAUUUUUCUAGUAUAUGUAUCAAAUGUAUGAGAUAUUUCUGGAAUACUUGUCAAAAUAUUUGUCAUCUUUCUAAUAAAUUGUUUAAAAUUCA